AUGGUUUCAGAUCCGGUACUUUUCACCGUCGAUAGCAAUAGCCAUGCCCAAAGUAGCCACAACAGCAGUGGCAGCUCACGAAGAAGCGCCUGUGACCGUUGCCGUGCCCACAAACUCCGCUGCGUGAGGCCAUCCGGAGGAGACUUCAUAGGCGAAGGCAACGAAACAACGUUACUAGCGUGCGAGCGAUGCGUCAAAGCAGGCGCAGAGUGUCUGCGCAUGGUGCGUACGCGUCGGGCACCCAUCCGAACAAGUGGCUAUGAACAGCGGCUUGCCCACGGCCCCUUCUCACCAACGACCAUCUACAAACGACCCGGCAAUGCCAAUCGCCUUUCUCUAUCUGGUGCUGGCGACAAUGGAUACCGGGAUUCAGGGCAACGUGCUCCCUUUCCCUCGCCUGCGUCGACACAACACCCAGACGAGGGCCGUAUUGCAAGUCAGUUGGCGCCAAACUCUGUCCCGACGACAACCUUUCAACACAACUUGAUCUUCGAACCCACUGUAUCAAACGCCGUUACCUUGCCUCCAGACUUCCACUCGUUACUGUCGACGGAAAGCGACUUGGGUCCCGGCCCUAAUAUGGCAUGUGAUCUCGGCGAACUCGACCCGGACAUGACCAACUCAGACUCUACUUUGGAAGAGAUGAUGGAGACCGAGGUUAGGCUGGCCCAUCGGCUUCGCGAUCCUGCCGGCGAUGUGGCCAGUUCGAACAACAGCAGUCAUCAGAUGGGUUUGCAGAACAAACACAACACGAACGGCCCCCCCAACACGAAAAACGAGUGCCUGAAUCGGCUCGCAAGGCUCAAUCUGAAACUUCUGGAGUGUCUAAGCGCUGCAGAAGACCAACCCAUAGCACUCGAAGACAUAUUGGCUUAUACAAUACCCUGCACCUCCAGCAUCUCCAACGGCACCGCUGCCGAAACCAUGCCUUGCAAGAACAUCAUUGGCAUCUUGCUCGAGAGCUCUCAGGCCUUUUUGGAAAUCUUAGUUCGCCUCAGAACUUUGAUGGAGUCCCAGGAGGAGCAGCAAUAUUGUUAUUCGUCAUCAAACUCAGAUUGCUCUUACCUGGAUUCACAGGAUGUCACCGACUUCUUCUCCAACGAAGACACAGGAGGCGUCCAUGAACCCUUGUCCGAAAAAAUGGGAGAUGAUGUCGAAAAGGACGAUAGAGAGAACAUGGGAGCCCAGUACCCAGGUCUCAAGACCUACCAGUCCUUCAGCACACCAGCGCCGGCAGCAGCCAAUUUGUUGUGCCACCAAUCUGGCAGAUUCUGUAGCAGCCCAGCAACAUUCACAAUUAUGACGUGUUAUCUGUGGUUAUUCCACGGAUUUGAGGUGGUAUUUGCCGCCAUUCACGAUGCGCUUCUGGCGCAACAGCACCAACAGCAGUUGCGGCAACAAGGCCCACAACAGAAGCAUCAAGAGGAGCGGUGCCAAGGCCAGACAAAUGAUAGACCUUUGGCGUCACCGCUGUCACCUCUUAGCUCGAGAAUGCUCAAGGGUGAUAAGAAGAACGCAGGGCCCUUGGUUUUGCCAGACAUCCGCCUUGGGGGAUUUCACCUGGAUGGCCAUCCCCAUCUGCAGAUUGAGAUGCUUAUUCAUCUCAGCUGUCAGAUACUGCACAGAAUCGAAACUACCUUGGGAAUUGACUCCACUGGAUCAGGAAACCAGGCACCCGCUCAGCCAACAAUGCCAUCAGCUCAUCGGGAGAGCGGUCUGCUUGAUCCGAGAUGUACCCCGGCCUUUCUUCUUGUUUUUAUGCACGGCGCUAGAGUUGGUGGCGAGAACUGUCAGAUGUCGGCUCGAUCUGCUCUAGCUGGAGGUGUGAUAAAGAAUAUCAGAGGGAUUUUAGAUAGUUCGCGAAGCUAA